UGUUGUUUUCCUCACAAACAUCGACUUCUGUUGCUGGCGUCGGAUUCGAUAGUCGAUGAAGCCCGUGCAAUGAAGUUCGUGCGACCCUCGGUGCCUGUCGGUGUUUGCAUCUCCCGCCGUCUCCGUCGAGGGGAAACGAAUGAAGAUACUAUCUAACCGGCCAUCCGCUGCGGCUGCGCAGGUCUUCGAAGCCGCCCAGGGACCGGUCGAAGUCUCGAAGUACAGCCGCCGUGUCGAGCUGGCUGACACCCCUGCUCCCGCCGUCGCCCGCCCUGGCACACCACCACCAACAGCAUAUGUUCUGUCGGAGGCCAGCGUCACACGCGGCUUCAUCACCUCCGCUGCUGCCACCUCACGCACCGUCGUGGUUUCCCUGUUGUACACUGUGUGUGCGCGGGACCCAGGCCAGCGCGCUUCCGGGAGCUGCCGCGUUGCUCGUGUCCGGUUCGCCCUUGCAGCGAGAGGCCCUGGAGUUCCAGGCGAGUGUCUUCCAGCAGCAGCAGCAGCAGCUUCGUCACCACGACCUCGAACACUACGCUGCGGCCGCUGCCGCAGCCGCGACGGUUGCCGGAACCACCGCGGACGACGGACGCAAGUCUGCACGCCCGGACUGCGGCGGAUCGCUCUCUCCAGUGCUUGGAGUCCCCGGCGGACAAGUCAAAACUGAAAAAGGUCUGUCUCCAAACGGCGUCGGCAGCGGCUCCUCGGCCGCGGGCGACGACAGUUCAAGCGGCGCCGGCGCUGGUGGCGGCAAGCGGGUGCGCACGGCGUUCACGAGCACCCAGCUGCUGGAGCUGGAGCGCGAGUUCACCUCCAACAUGUACCUGUCACGGCUGCGGCGCAUCGAGAUCGCCACCUACCUCAAGCUGUCCGAGAAGCAGGUCAAGAUCUGGUUCCAGAACAGGCGCGUCAAGUACAAGAAGGAGAGUAGCCACGGGCGCCGGCAGCUGCCGCCAAACCACCAGUGUCAAUGCAACGCCGCCGCUCUGCGAUUCGCGAGGAGACAGGAUCUGUCGCUGUCGAACAAGUGUGAGGCCGGAGCAAAGCCCGCGAAGUCGUCGACACCGUCGGGAGACAGCGAGGAUGACGCUGAACUGAACGUGUGCAGCUCGUCGCAGGACUCGGCCGACGCUUGCGCGCACGCGAUGAACACGGACUGCGAGGAGAGCGACGGUUGAUGUUGGUGCACUUCGACUUGGACAAGUCUCGCUGGUUUCGUACUCUGGCUUCCGAGCUGCUAGUGCCGCGGCUGCUCUGCACUUUUGGAAACGGCAGUCACUGGCCGCUUUUUGAACUAUACCCACAAAUGCCUCAUGUUGAGGAGGAGUAGGAGUGUUGCUACAGCUGCAGGCGGACUUAGCCUCGCAAAACAUACCCGUGAUUGCGUCGCCGUGGCGCUACUAAUCGAGUGCGGCAGGAUCUGAAGCCCACUACAAUACAGCUGGAUUGCACAAGGGCAUCUGGUAACACGGCAGACGAAUAAAGCCGAGGUUGGAUUUGAACCGAGGUGCAACAGAUUGUGUGCCAUUGAUUUCACGUUUCCCUGCUAUUCCACCCACACGGCUCAAUAACCAUGCUACAGCUCUGUAUUAGGGCUGCAGCUCUACAUCAGUCCUCCGGAAGUUGUGGAUUGCUGUAGAAUCCAUGCCGUAGGAGUGAAGAACGCUUUGUGAGCAGAGUGAGUGCAAGCCUGGUUAAUUCUCAUGGCCUCCAAAGUGACGGUGCAACCUCUGUUCGGCAUCUACGGACGCCAAAUCUUGAUGUUACUUGCACGAUGUUAGCAAAUGCCUGAAGUUGGGAACGAUUGAACUAUCCAGGCCUUGGAAUGAAUUAAUGUUCGCAAGGAGGAUGGUGGCUUAUCUGAAGCGGAGAGAAGCUCGAGCUAUACUUCCGAGAUAAUGUCACGACCGUUGGUAUAGACUGUGUUGACAUUCACGCGGCGAUUGUGCUUUCAUAAUAUUGUGACGCAGCCGUUUGAUGUUUUUGGAAGCGACAUGCUGCUUCGUCGUUCAUAUUGAACUAACAGAACUCAGAACAUGAUGUUGUGAGAGACGCAGAGUGCGCGACACGCUGAGCGCUCUUACAAGGAAGAGCUGACGCUUGUUUUUGAAGAUAAUCAUCUACAGCAAUCUGAUAACUCCUGAUCAGCAUAACUGUACUGAUUAAAGAUUUAUAGAAGUGCCGUGGUUGCUACUGCGCUUUGAAAACAUACAUUUAAUGUGCGAAUAAAAG